AUGACUUGGCCUGAUGUCCCUACCAAGCCCGCUGAGGGCAUCUCCUACUACACACCAGCUCAGGAUCCCCCUGCUGGUACUGCUCGUAACCCUCAGACUAGCGGAAAGGCCAUUCCUAAGCUUUUCCAGCCUCUGACCAUUCGAGGAAUGACUUUCCAAAACCGUCUGGGUGUUGCCCCAAUGUGUCAAUACAGUGCCGAAGAUGGCCACAUGACUGCCUGGCACAUGGCUCACUAUGGUGGUAUCGCCAUGCGUGGUCCCGGUAUGAUCAUCAUUGAAGCCACUGGCGUUGCUCCCGAGGGCCGCAUCACUCCCGGUUGUGUGGGUCUGUGGAAGGACUCUCAGAUCAAGGGCCUGAAAGAUGUUGUCGAGUUCGCUCACAGCCAGGGCCAGAAGAUUGGUAUCCAGUUGGGUCACGCUGGUCGCAAGGCCUCAACUGUUCCUCCCUGGCUCGGCGGUGUGACUGCUACCAACGCCGUUGGUGGCUGGACCGAUAACGUCAAGGGUCCUAGUGCUAUUCCCUUCGCUGAUGGUGACAUUGUCCCCAAGGCCAUGACUCUGGAGGAUAUCCAGGAAGUUAAGGAUCUCUGGGUUGCCUCCGUUAAGCGUGCUCUCGCCGCUGGUAUUGAUUUCAUUGAGAUCCACAAUGCCCACGGAUACUUGCUGUCUUCUUUCCUGAGCCCCUCAUCUAACCAGCGUACAGAUCAGUACGGUGGUAGCUUCGAGAACCGCAUUCGUCUCUCUCUGGAGAUUGCUCAGUUGACCCGUGAGACCGUCGGUGAUAAUAUCCCCGUCUUCCUGCGCGUCUCUGCUACCGACUGGCUGGAGACUAGCAUGCCCGAGGAGAAGGGCUGGAAGCUGGAGGACACAGUUGAGUUUGCUAAGGCUCUUACUGAGCAGGGUGCUAUCGAUCUGAUUGAUAUCAGCACCGGUGGUGUGCACGUCGCUCAGAAGGUGGCUGGUGGUGUUGCAUUCCAGACCCCCUUCGCUACCGCUGUGAAGAAGGCCGUUGGUGAUAAGAUGCUGGUUUCCGCUGUGGGUACCAUCAACAACGGAACUCUCGCUGAGAAGAUCCUGAACGAGGAGGGCCUCGAUUUGAUCCUGGUUGGUCGUGCUUUCCAGCGUGACAGUGGUUUGGCCUGGGCUUUUGCUAAGGAUCUGGAUGUGGAGAUUGCCAUGGCUGGUCAGAUCCGCUGGGGAUUCACAAGCUUCCGUAAUGCGUCGGAGUAUAUUCAGCCUAACUCGAUGAAGGCUUGUAUCUUUGAUUAG